CUUUAUUUAAUUUAUUUUCCGUCAUUCUGCGCGUACCCUAGUCGGUUUCCAUGGAAGCAGUGUCUGUCUGUCAGUAAAUAAUUGUGUGGUUUGUUUGAAUCACUUGGGUGCAUGUGUGUGUGUUUUGUGGUCUGCUGUGGACCAGUAGAAACACACCCUACUGCCCCUGGACUUAAACAGUUGUCCUUCUUAUUUAAGAACAAGAAAACCUUUUAAAUUCAAUUGACAAUGGUCUAGUUUAAUGGACUCCCAAGUAUCAGAGCAGAAAGUAUAGGAGUGUGGAAUGGAAUGUGAUGUCAUAAAGGAGUGCAAAAUUGUGAUGUCAUAAAACAGUGUUCAAGUCUGGAAUGUAGUGUGAUGUCAUAAAGCUGUGUAGAAUUGUGGAAUGGGAUGUGAUGUCAUAAAGCUAUUUAAAAGUGUGGAAGAAGCAGGUCUACCUUUGUUUUUACUCCUCAUCAGCACUUGGGUGAUCUGGCCAACAAUGUUCUCCCUGAGAUGGAGGGAGGGACAGAGAAAGGGAUGAAAGGAAAGGGAAGAAACGCCCAUGAUAAAGGAAGGGGGAGGGAGGGAGGGAAGGAGGCGUAAGUGUUUUUUUCCUCCUCAUUUCGCGAAUGAAGCAGAUACAGAAAGAGAGCGGAAUUUCAAAUUUCACUUUAAUCAAGCAAACUUCAGAGUUCGACAGAUUUUUUUUGAGCAAAGGUUUAGAGACCAGGGCAGAGAUGUAGAUGACUAAUAUUUGACUGGCAAGUAUAUAAAAAACCAAAUGCACAGAAGAACAGAGAAGAGACUGUCGAUUUAAGUGUGGGUUGAACACACAUACACGCGCACACACGCACACACGCACACACGCGCGCGCACACAAACACACUGGCAGGUCGCUGGGUCUAACUUUCCUCAGUCAAGAUGAUGGGCUGUAUUACGGACUUCUUCACGUACGGGACAACCAAGUCUGUGGUGGUCAAGAGCUGGACCGUCGGCAUCAUCAACCGGGUUGUACAGCUGCUCAUCAUCAUCUACUUCAUAGGUUGGGUGUUCCUGCAUGAGAAGGCGUAUCAGGUGCGUGACACAGCCAUAGAGUCCUCUGUAAUGACCAAGGUAAAGGGCUUUGGUGUCUACAACAACAGACUGCUGGAUGUGGCUGACUACGUAACCCCAACACAGGGCUCCUCUGUGUUCUGCAUCAUCACCAAACUGAUCACCACAGAGAACCAGGUGCAGAGCUGGUGCCCCGAGAGUGAAAUCAAGUACAGAUGCAACAUUGAUGAAGACUGUCAGAAGUACACAGGCAAAGCUGGAGAAAAUGGUGUGCUCACCGGCAGGUGCGUCAGCUUCAACAGCUCGUUAAGAACCUGUGAGAUGAAAGGAUGGUGUCCGGCUGAGAUCGACUACAUAAAGACAGAACCCAUGAUGGAGGUAGAAAACUUCACCAUCUUCAUCAAGAAUAGCAUCCGCUUCCCCCUCUUUAACUUCACCAAGGGUAAUUUCCUGCCCACCAUCACAGCCGAGUACAUAAAGAAGUGUAACUUUGACCCGGUGAACAACACCUACUGCCCCAUAUUCAGGGUCGGGGACGUCGUCCAAUUUGCCCACCAGAACUUCUCCAACCUUGCCCACAAGGGAGGGGUGAUUGGAAUAAAAAUUGGAUGGAUGUGCGAUUUGGACCAAUCAGAUGACAGCUGUAACCCAACCUACUCCUUCACACGCCUGGACGCUGUCUCGCAGAAAAACAGCGUGUCUCCAGGAUACAACUUCAGGUAUGCUAAGUACUACAAGAUGGAGAAUGGGACAGAGUACCGCACGCUGCUGAAGGCCUAUGCCAUAAGGUUUGACGUACUGGUCAAUGGCAAUGCCGGAAAGUUCAACAUGAUCCCAACGCUCAUCAACAUGGUGGCCGCCUUCACUUCGGUUGGAGUGGGCACAGUUCUUUGUGACAUCAUCCUUCUCAAUUUCCUGAAGGGGGCGGAGCAGUACAAGGCCAAGAAGUUUGAAGAGGUGUCCGAGUCCCAGAUCAGGUCCAGUGUCUCCCAUAGCAACGGGUUGUACCGAAACAGCUGCAGCCAGCUGUCAGUCAAACAGGAUGAGAAGAUGUCCAGUGAUUCAGGGGCCUUCUCCAUUGGACAGUGAGGCUGAGGGGCGGGAGCUGAGGGACCCUUUCUGUCACUAAGGUAUUUGGCUGACUGACAACUCAAACACAAGCUCUUGGAUCAGGAAGGGCAGUGCAAUCGUACCUUAGAGGGGGAAGUACAAUCCUACAGCUAACCGCAAAAGAACAAGACCCUGAACUGAACUACCCUGUUAAACAUUAACUUAUAAAGCUCAACAAGACUGUCCAAA